AAUCAGAAUCAAGUAUUUAACAGGGCUGCAUAAUAAUUUUAGUUAAUUAGAUUAGUCAAGACUCAAAAUGACAAUAUUUUUAGGCUUUAAUCCAAAGCUCCUCAGUCUUUUUUUAAAAUUAAACAAGAGUUUGUUACUGCAGUUUUGUCAGAAAAGAUUAGCCAGCUGCCUAACAGCUGAAAGAGGAAAAAUUCUAUUCCUCCUAGAUACAGUGACGUCACUGUCCUCUAAAAGAGGAAAUAAUACCUGCUUGUUUCACCUCAGUUAAAAAUUCAUCUGAUGACUGUUCGACUCUCAUCUAUCAAAAUGGACCUGCACAUAACCAUUCUAACUCUAACCAUUGUUCUUUCAACUAGUGCUGAAUUUGAACAUGAAGCUUUCGCAUAUCUUGGAUGCUCUGAUACGGAAGAAGAAUAUUACAUUGGAUAUGAUGAAGAGGAGGUGGGACAUAUUGACUUUAAACAGAAGAGAGCAGUAUCGACAUUACCUGACUUUACGGGAUCUAUGACAUUUCCCGGAUUUUAUGGAAUUGGUGUUGAUGCAAUGGUAGAAUGCAAGAAUGACUUACUAAUACAUAUUAAAAAUUUCAAGAGCCUGCCACUAGAAAUAGAUGCACCCAAGACUUCAGUCUAUCCAAAGGAUGAUGUUCAGCUGGGUAUUCAAAACACCCUCAUCUGUCAUGUGACUGCUUUCUAUCCUCCAUCUGUCAACAUCUCAUGGACUAAGAAUAAUGUUCAUGUAUCAGAGGGCAUGAGUUUAAGUCUGUACCGUCCAAGGAAAGAUCUUACCUUCAACAUCUUUUCCACACUGAAGUUUACACCUGCUGAAGGAGACAUUUACAGCUGCAUGGUGAACCACAAAGCCCUCCAAGGUCAACCUCAGACCAAAAUAUGGGAUGUUGAUGUUGCCCUCCCAAGUGUUGGUCCAGCUGUGUUCUGUGGAGUGGGUCUGACUAUUGGGCUGUUGGGAGUAGCUGUGGGAAUGUUCUUCCUCAAUAAAGAACACAACUAACUGACUAUGAAGCCAUGAAAGCAAACUUUAAAAAUAUCUAGUAAUUGUUUUAUAACUGAGCAAUUUGACAAUGCUAAAGUUAUAACAAGUUUCAUUCUGCAUGACAGGUGACAGUUGAUGUUAAAGGUAUAUGAAUACAUUUAGAUUAAAUCUACAUUUUAUUGUCUCUCAAAUAUUUCACAGUAUGAAAACCUUUGCUUUCUGUGUAACACCAAACAUGCUUAAACUGAAGCUCUAAAAAAAAGAAGCUCUUUAAUUGAAUUUCUUUUUUCUUUGUCUUUUUUCGGGCAAGUGUGUUCACAUUGAGGCCAAUGGGAAUAAAUCUAGAUUUAAACAUGAUUGCAACAAGAUAUGGAUUAUGUAUGAUUUUCAAGCCAUCUCGUUAUUAUUGACAAAUUUUAUGAAUAAUGCAGUGGUAAUUGACAGCCUUUUUAUUGUUUUUUGAAAGAAAU